AUGCAAAUUCAUAGUAGUUACAUUAUCGCAAUAAUUCAGCCCAACCGAGCGAGAGAGUCAGAGGAGGACUGGAGAGCCCGAGUUCGCGGGUUUGAGAGAAUCGCUUCAGCUUUGAGGAGCCCCUCGGCAUUGAUUGCGAUUGAGCCGAGACUAGGGUCACUAUUGCACGCGGUCCUGGGGUGCGAGAGGAGUUGUCGAGUGGCUGCUGCUGGAAUGGCUGUUGCCAGAGUCGUGGUUUUCGGCGUAAGUGAAGAAGCUCUUAAACGAUGGUUGCCGCAAGUAGCUUGGGGUUUAACGCGCCAAGGGGGCCCUAAUGCUGCUCAAAUUGCGAGAAUUGCCAUGAGAAAGCUUAGUCCAGCACUCUUCCUCGAACAAUUACUCCAGCCCCACUGUAUUGACGCGAGGAAUGCUAAGACAAGAGAAAAUGCUCUUCAGUUACUCAUCUUCUCGUUGGAUCAGUUUCCAAGUACUGAGUUCAAAGUCGAGAACGUUGCUAACAAAGUGGCUUUGAUGGUCGGAGAUAGAAGAAGACGAGUUCGGCAAGCGGCUUUAGAUACUCUCGCAGUGCUUGCACAAAUUUACGAGCCUGAGGAGGUUCUUCAAGCCGGCCAGAGAGCAGCUAAACAACUGAAAGAAAGCUCUGAUAUGGUUGCUGCUAUUCGUGCCAGACUUGCGAGAAAAUCACUUCCGACGGUUACUCCAGACGGUCUUGUUGUCUACGGUCUACAAAUUUCUCCGACUGUCCAAAUUGCCACUGGUCCAGAUGUCGACUGGAUCGUCGCUGGAAGCGGCUCAGUUUCUCCUGGAACUGGAAGGGUCCGCGGACAAAUAAUUAAUAUGUACCCUCGAGCUAAUUUCGAAAAGAUUUCGGAAAAAAAUAAUACGGAAGAAAAUUAUCCAAGUCAUGACGGAAACUUAGCAGCUCGUGGUAUUGGAUUACAUCCAAAAAGUGGGAAACCUGUGGCAUGGCAAUUAGUAUCGGCCGCGAGCAAAGAUGAAAAUAAAGUGAUAAAUGGAAAUCAUACGGAUAAAAAUUCAUUUAAAAGUGAUGGAAUCAAUGGCAACAUUAAGAAGGGUCUAGAAGAUUCACCCAGUCCUUUUAUAUCAUCACUGGACAGUAUCGAGGAUUCUUACGGGACUGAAGCGGUAAACAUAUCACUUAUAAAAGAUGAAAAGGACGUAAUAAUGAAGCUAAGAAAAACGGAAGAAAAUUUCCAUCGACGAAUGGACGAAAUUUAUUCGGAGCGACCGUAUCAAGAUAUAAUAAGACUUGAGUCACGAAUUCCCGUCGCCCAAUUUCGUGAUCGUGAUAUAGUUGUGCGACAUAGUACAGCUUACUCACGUAGACGUCGUACAGUUAAAAUGGAUGAGUACGAAAUUUCAUCUUCAGCCCCGCAAAGUUCUUAUGGUCAGCGUGACGACGAGAUUAACCGGAGAUAUCGGAGUGAUAGAAUUAAACGAGAGUCAAGAGGAGGCUCUGACGACCGGGGGGAGUUUAUUUCAUCCAACCGAGCUUCACCUCAAGUGUCUCCGAGCCGCGAUACCACAUCUAUUCCUGUUAACCGUCGACGUCAUACUGCCAUUCAGAGUACGAGUUUUCACCCACAAAAAUAUGGUUUUUCUUCUACUAUCGAAUCGAGAUGUAAAUCAGUGCCAGCGUCAUACCAAAGCCCAUUCACGGGAGUCCAAACAAUUGAUUCUUAUUCAAGAAUUUCCAGCUCGCCGAUGGUAAUAAAAAUGUAUACCAUUUAG